UUUGUCAUCUACGCAAAUAAAGAGUUACCCAUAAAAAUACACUUUUAAUUUUUUUUAAAAGCCUAAUGAAAUACUUAUUCAGUGAUGAAAACAUGAUUACUUAAUCAUCAUUCAUCACUUACAUCACAAUAGAAUUCCCAAAAUUAAUAGGAUUAUCUCCUAAGAAUUAAUGAUAAUAAUUCAAUGUAGCGACUGUUGUUAAUAUAAAAAUAAAAACCAUAAUAAAUGAAGAGCUUAAUAAACCGGAUGAAUAAAAACAAAAAGUCAAAGUGCCAGCUCAAUCCCCCUCUGACGAAUCACUUCCCACCUCAUAACCCAACUGUCCCACUCCGCUUCCGUUUUAUUUAUUAAUUAACUGGGACCCGCUUCCUCUUAAUCUUCCCCGGAAUAUGUUAUUCAAUUUAAUUAAUUAAUUAACUUCUUCCCACUUCCUUUUGAUCUUCUACUUCCUUCUUCUUCUCUUCCCACACUGUCCCGGAAACCUCUCCAAUUCGGCAAUUCUCCCAAAACCCAGCUGACACGAUCUCUCUUUCUUCCCGCCCAACAAUGUCGAAGCAGACUUACAGGGUCUGCUUCUGCUUCCGCCGGAGGUUCAAGCUCGCCGUCGCCGAGGCCCCGGAAGAGAUCAAAGGCUUCUUCAACCGCUACUCCGAGAAUGGGCUCAUGUCGGCCGAUCACCUCCGCCGCUUCCUGAUCGAGGUCCAGAAGCAGGAGAAUGCAACCCUCGAGGACGCUCAAGCUGCCAUCAACAGUCUUCACGAGCUCAAGCAUUUGAACAUCUUGCACCACCACAAGGGCCAGAGUCUCAACCUCGAGACCUUCUUCAAGUACCUCUUCGGCGACAUUAACCCUCCUGUUGACCUCCAGUGCGGGGUGCAUCAUGAUAUGAGUGCUCCUCUUUCGCAUUAUUUCAUUUACACGGGACACAAUUCGUAUCUAACUGGGAACCAACUUAGUAGUGACUGCAGCGAUGUCCCAAUCAUACAUGCCCUGCAGAGAGGUGUGAGGGUGAUUGAAUUGGAUAUAUGGCCCAAUUCCAACAAGGAUGGCAUUGAAGUUCUUCAUGGAAGGACACUGACAACUCCUGUGGAACUUAUAAAAUGUUUGAGGUCUAUUAAAGAACAUGCCUUUACUGCAUCUGAUUAUCCUGUAGUCAUAACUCUAGAAGACCACCUCACUCCAGAUUUGCAGGCUAAAGUCGCGGAGAUGGUGACAAGCACGUUCGGGGACAUCUUGUUCUGUCCUGAUUCAGAUUGCUUAAAAGAAUUCCCCUCCCCAGAAUCAUUGAAGAAACGGAUUAUCAUAUCAACCAAACCACCAAAAGAGUAUAUGUCAGCUGCUGUUCCCAAAGAUGCCCAGGAAGGUGAUUCACUAAACGGGAAAACUGCAAGUGAUGAAGAAGCGUGGGGGAAAGAAGUGCCACAUCUUAAAGGCCCUGCUUCAGGCAAUGACAAGGAAGAACCUGAGGAAGAUGAAGAUGAUGAGGAAGAUCCUGAUGAAGGACUGAACAGAUCACAGAAGUCUCUUGCACCAGAAUAUAGACGUUUAAUUGCUAUCCAUGCUGGGAAGCCUAAAGGGGGUAUGAGUGAGUGUCUUAAAGUAGAUCCCGAGAAAGUGAGGCGUCUUAGCUUAAGUGAGCAGCAGCUAGAAAAAGUUGCAGAGACUCGGGGUACUGAUAUUGUCAGAUUUACCCAGAGAAACAUCUUGAGGGUGUACCCGAAGGGCACUCGUAUUACUUCAUCCAACUACAACCCUCUUAUCGGUUGGAUGCAUGGAGCUCAAAUGGUUGCUUUUAACAUGCAGGGAUUUGGUAGAUCUCUGUGGUUGAUGCAUGGAAUGUUCAAGUCCAAUGGAGGGUGCGGUUAUGUUAAGAAACCAGAUUUUCUACUGAAGUCAGGUCCUAACAAUGAAGUGUUUGACCCUAGAGCCAAGUUACCUGUGAAGAAAACUCUUAAGGUGAGGAUAUACAUGGGAGAAGGAUGGUAUUACGAUUUCCGCCACACACAUUUUGAUCAGUAUUCCCCACCAGAUUUCUACACCAGGGUGGGGAUCGCUGGAGUCCCAGCAGAUGUAGUGAUGAAGAAAACAAAGACAUUAGAGGACAACUGGAUACCGGUUUGGAACGAAGAGUUCGAGUUCCAGUUAACUGUUCCAGAACUAGCCAUGCUGAGGCUGGAAGUCCACGAGUACGACAUGUCGGAAAAGGAUGAUUUCGGAGGCCAAACUUGUCUCCCUGUGUCCGAAAUACGAAGUGGAAUCCGGGCUGUUCCGCUCCAUGAUCGAGAGGGCAAGAAAUACAACAAUGUCAAGCUACUGGUGCACUUUGAUUUUGUGUGAGAGAUGAAUCGGAUGGAGUUGUGGAGAUCAACCAAAAACCCCCUUUCCAGUGGGUGGUGCUUUGGCUAUAUAUAUAUACAUAACAUUCAGUUGAGGUUGCUGUGCGACUGUGUGAGCAAUAAUGGCAUCUUCCUUUCGACCUUUUGGGUGUUGCAGAUGAUGCAGGAUGUGGAAGUUGCUUUGUUUUCUUUGCUGGUUCAUUAGGGGGACUCAAGCUUCAGUCACGGAGGGGAGUAACCCUUUUCUAGAGUAACUUGAGCUCUAGGAAGAUCGCAGUGGAACAUAUGUACCAUCAAACUAAAACUCCGGCUGUUAGGGUAAUGGUGUGUCUUUGGGGUGUUGGAUUGAAGGUUCAUGUCGACUGUUGUAAAGGGUGGGUUUUUGCAUGUGUAUAUGGUGUGCAUAAAAAGGAAAAUGGAGGGGUCGUUUGGAUUAGGGAAUGUGUAAAUGAGGGAUUUGGAUUAAAACCUCUCAAUUAAAAACCCAGGUAUUUUAAACGUGGGAUUUGAUCCAAAUAACAUGUUUGGGAAUAGAUGAAGGAUUUUAAUUAAAAAUUAAAGUUACA